AUGGAUGACUUGGAUCACAGUAUCCACAUUGCAGAGUAUGACUGGAGCAGUUUUUAUGAUGAAAGCGAGGAGUGCGUUCUGCUGCAGCCGCUGCUGGCCUACCCCGAUGACUCCGGCCUCAGUGACUCAGACGAUUCAGAAAAUCCAACUUCAGACUUCAGAGAAGCCCAACCGGACACAGCGAGAUGCUUCCAAGCGGACAGCCAUGCUCAAGAGCAGCAGAGAGAGAGUUUCAGUGUUUGUGGAGAUCUGCAAGAGCAGUUUACAGGAACUGUGGAUGGCACUGCAAUAGGUGGGAAACAGUUGGAAAUGUGUGUUAGCAAUCCUGGAGGAGAUGCCGUUAACACAGAGACAGCGCACAUGGAGAAAAGACGAGAAGACGCAGAGACGAGCAGUAGCUGUAAAAACACGCUUCAAAUGGACUCGGGAGGGACAAAAGAGCAGACACACAAAGGAGAUCUGCAAACAGAGAGUGAUCUCAAAUCCGCCAAUGAACCUGACCCACUUUUAUGUUCCCAAACAGGACAGAGCGCAAACGAGCAACACAGCGCUGAGAGAGCUGUGAGGCCAGAGAAAGAGCGCUGGUUUGUAACAGUCAAUGACAAUCUCACCGGACAGCGAGGCCAUUCUGGCUGUUCGAAAAAAAAACGCAAACAAAAAAAACACUGUGAAGGGAAUCGUACAUUCUGCCUCAAGCCGGAGAGCUCAGGUGAAGAUGAGGAGAUGAAUGAUAAGCUUGAACCCGAGGGAGGAAAAGGUGCAGUAUCAAACCAAACUAAACAAUCAGAGGGACUUCCAGGUCAUGAAAUAAAUUAUGCUCAAGUCAUUUCAAAUUUGUCAGAAAAUCUGGCGAGCCCCCGUCCUCUCGAAGAGAAUUUUCUCGAGGCAGUGAUCGACGAAAGCAAAUGUGAGCUAGAUAUAUCACCGUCCACAUCGCCACACGCAUUUACGCCCUCUCAGCCGGAGUUUGUGCGGUGCAGUGACCUCGAAGACAGCGCAGAGUUCCUCUCCAUUCACAGUAAUGACUCUGAGGCCUAUUUGUCAGCUCCCGAAACAGCAGAGGAACUUCAGUGCCUUUUCCAAGAGCACCUGAGCGAAACCUCCCACCUCAGCUCCACAAACAUGGACACAGACCCUGACCAUGCACUGGACACACAGGUGUAUUCUUGUGGAAGCCCUAUUUCAAGCGACGUAGCAACCGCAAACUGCGACGGCCAUGAACGCACCAGCCCUGGCCCCUCCAUCACACUCUCCUCUGCCAGCCAGGACGCCAUAGAAAUGCCGAAUAAAGACACACAUGACACACACUCAGAAACACCUGGAUCCAUAACAGCAUCUGCUUACUCUCAGGGAGAGCAGCUGGCCACCGUCCAGGCUCCUGAUACGACUAUGGAGCUUUGCCCCGUGGCUGACAGCCCAGAAACAUACGCAAAAGCGGCAGGCCACGCCCGACCUGUUUACGCCAUUUCUGCUUUUUGGGAUGAAAUGGAAAAACUGACCAUCAAUGACAUUUUGAAGCUCAGGAUGGGUGACUCAGACAAAUGCAAGAACAAUGCAAGACAAAUGGGAGAGACGCCAACGCCAGACGCAGGUGAUCUUCCAACAGUGGUGUAUGAUCUGUCUGACGGUGGUCUAAUGGACACUUCUGACACUGCAGACUCAGACUACUUCACACAGACCGAUGAGUCGAAGCCAGACCUCUCCAGCUGCGAGCUUUCUGCCUCAGAUUUUGAAGAAGAACACUGGCAGUUUGUUAGCACCAGUAGGAACCACAGCCCUGACCAUCGCGGUAAAAAAAACGACCAGAACGACCCCUCUCUCUUGUUAUAUGAGAAUGACUCCACAUGCUCAGAAGGAACAGAGACGCCUGUGCCUCUAGAAGACUUUUUAGGACAAGUUUUGGACACCCAGGUGGCCCACACUUUGGAUUUGGGGCCGAGAGGAAUGAGAAAAAGCUGCAGUAUGUACAAUGUGCAUGCUUUCAACACUCUGGACGUAUCUUUUCCUUCUUUACGUGGCACUAACGAGAGCGAUUCGACUCUCAGCAGCCUGUCGCUUCAGGAGGUAGAAUCUGACAUUAAAGACACACGCAGCCUGGAAAUGCUCAUUUCUGCAUCUCUAUCCUACACAGACUUACUGGAUCCAGGUUACCAAGUAUCCUUCCCAGAGAUGUUUGAGUACUUUUUCACAGAGGAUACAGCAACUUCCCAGUUUGUUACUUUCUAUGAUCCAGAGGACAUAUCAGUGGCUCCUGUCUUUGACCUCCCUCUCACCACACUUGGAGAGGAUGCAUCAUCCUAUUCUCUCCACUGCAGCAUAGAGAAACCCAUCCCCAUUUUCUCCUGCUCUCAUCCUACUGUCAGAGAGCUCACAUUCCCAAAACAUAACUACGUUUUCAGAGCAAACGGUGAUAAAGUGGAGGAAAUCUCUCCAAUCAGAGUCGCAUCUCAUUCUUUCAUUCAGGCCUAUCUGCACAGAUCCUCAGCAGCGGGUGGAUCUUGGAGCUCGAAAAAUCUGCUGUCGUUGAGGAAGAUUCACUUCCACGACAAAGGCAGCAUCUGGUGCAGAGGCUCCGGCGCCUGGACGUUCCCAAUUAAGAGUGAGGAGAUCCAGAUCAGGGGAGAGACUCCGACAGUAGCUGUGCUCGGUGAGAGCAGAGUCUGCACUACCUCUUCUCCGGUGUACCGAGAGCUGGAGGAGCACCAAAGGAUUUUAGACACUUUUCAAACAACAAAACGAGAAGGCAUCUUCUCCACCGUGAAGCAGUCAGACAUGUGCUUAGUCUGUAUUGCUUUUGCUUCUUGGGUACUAAGAUCCUCUGAUCCGGAGGCUGCUGAUGCCUGGAAAGCAGCUCUGUUGGCGAACGUGAGUGCUCUCUCUGCCAUCCAAUACCUGAGGCAGUAUGUGAGGAAGAACCAUCCUCCAGACGACCCCUGA